UGGCUAAAUUUUGUCAUAAGUACCGACCAACUUUUAGUAAAUGCUCAAACCCAUCACCUAAAGGUGCAUUUUAUGAAAAAUGGACUAGAAGAGAUCACAUUACAUCAGUCUAACACAUAGCCAACAGAAAAUCUAACGCAUCAUCAAAUCAAAGGAGGGGAAAACAUCACCGAGGUCUAGAAUGAGAUAGAGAUAGUGGCCAAAGAAAAUAAGAGGUCCACAUUGUUUAUGAUGGUUGGAAGAAGACUUGGAAUUGGUAUCCGAUUGCCAUCACUCCUCAGGUCAAAAAAAGUGAAGAAGAAGACGAUCAUUGUAGGCUUAAAAGCUGAUAAUUGCAGUAGAGUGAUACUACUUCAAUUACUCAAUUCAGUUGCCAAGCCAGGGGAUAAUGUGCUAGCUAUUCAUGUUCAGGUUCCAGAUGAUACAAUUGAUCCAAACACUUUCCAAAUCCAUGAAGAUAUAUGCAAGUCUAAGCAGGUGGAUUUCCAAGUGAAGGUUAGUAUAGGAGACUCAUAUAUAUCUGAAUUAACCCAUCAAGUAAGAGUCAACUAUGCAACUAUCCUUGCACUUGGAUGCAGCCCUUCAGGGCCCAAUGACUUGGUUAUUACUAAUUUUCUGAAAAGGUUGCCUCCCACUUGCUCUCUUUUGGUCUUGGAUGGCAUAGGAAAAAUCCUAAUUCAUAUGAAGGGGACUUCCCAACAAGGCUCUUCAAGGGCAGUCCUUCAAACUUCUUUGUCAUCUCCAUUACAUCACACUUGCUUUGAUCAAUCGAUUCCUACCCGGCAUUUGAGAAAGUCAUUGACUGCACCAUCUUGCUCAACGUCAUCAUCAGCACAACAAAUUAAUAAAACAGGAUUAUAUAAAGUCAAGAACACAGCACAAGUCCCUGAGUUCAUCACAAAGAAACUAUUUCAGAGAUUGGAACUACCAGAAGAGGAGGGAUCCUGCAGGCAUUACACACCAGAAGAGCUUCGUUGUGUGACUAACAAUUUUAGCCCUGAUAUGGUGAUUAGAGCAGGUGGCCACAGUAAGGUGUACCAAGCAAACCUGGAGGAUGGCCGUACUGCAGAAGUGAAAAUCCUUAAACUCAGACAUUGGUCAGCAGAUGAUCUUCUCCGAGAAGUAGACUUGCUGUCUGGAAUAAAACAUGAACACAUAGUUCAGAUGAUUGGUUACUGUAAUCAUGAAGACAUGCGUGCAAUCCUGUACAAUUUACUCAAUGGAAGCCUGAAGCAAAAUUUGAGACAACUCAAGUGGAGUGAAAGGAUGAGGGUUGCAGUUGGUGUGGCAAAGGCGCUGGAAUACCUUCAUCAUUCUUGUAACCCUCCUAUUAUUCAUAGAGAUGUGAAGUCAUCUAGCAUUCUCCUCUCUGACAAUUGUCAACCACAACUGUCAGAUUUUGGAGAGGCAAUUGUACUUCAACAAUCUCAGCUAGUCACAGAAAGGUCAUUUAAUGUUGUUGGGACCUUUGGAUAUUUAGCCCCCGAGUACAUGAUGUAUGGAACAGUUGAUGAGAAGACAGACGUUUACUCCUUUGGAGUUGUGCUUCUGGAACUCAUUACUGGCAAAGAUGCUAUUCAGACCAACCAGGAAAAUCAUGAAAGCUUAGUACUUUGGGCAAGGUCUUUACUCAACUGUGGCAUACGCGAACAUCUAAUAGAUCCUUACCUGCAUGAAGACUUUGACAAAGAAGAGAUAGAAAUAAUGAUGAGUGCAGCAAGCCUCUGUCUCUUGCAUUCAUCUUUUAGAAGGCCAACAAUGAAAGCGAUUGUGAAGUUAUUUGAGGAGCCAGAACACUGGCUAAAGAUGCAGAAGGAAAGAGAUGAGUCACUGCACGAAGUUAGUUCCACAAGUGAAAGCAGCCAAUGGGGACAAGAUGAUUCAUCCACUAAUGAAGCUAUGGACUAGUUCGAACUGAAAAUGCAAGCUCAAUGAUCAAACAGUGAAUGAGCUCCAAAAUGAACUGAUUUGCUAGUUGAUCUCCGGUUUGUUUAAGACAGUAACUAUAUUAAUUGCUAAAAUUAACUUGACAGGCCUAUUGUAAACAAAAAUUUCUUUCUAUUUUGGUAUGAUAUCUCUGCGCUGUAAAUGUCUCACAUUUAA